AUGUUUAUCUUUUGUAGUUCGGAUGGUAAGAACGAUUUAAACCUGAACAGAUGUUGCAGCAUUUUUUUAUUAGCUUAUAUAAUUGACCAAUAUGACUCUUAUGAAAUAUCUACGUUCAACCGUGGUACUUACGAAAAAUACCAGUCUUCAAAUAUUCAGGGGAGAGACAAAGAACUAGCAGAAAUGAUUUCUGAUAUAAAAGCGUUUAUCAAAAAGCUUGAAAUUUGGGAACAAAACUUAAUCGAUGGCGAAACCAGGCAUUUUCCUGUUCUUUUUGAAAAGAUAUCCCAAAGUCCCUUAGAACCACAUGACACUUUGAUGAAUAGCAAACGAGCGUACGAGAAGGUUAUUCCAGCUAGAGACAGUAAGUCUAGCGGGCUUGCUCUAUAA